CUUCCUUAUAACAGCCAUAACAGCUGCAAGAUGUUUCUCAACAGAAAAGGAAUUUGACACCCUAAACAAGAUAUCCUCCCCAAUGAAAUAAGGGAGGAAAAGUAGAGCCUCUCUUAUUGGGUUAGUGUAGGCUUAGAUAUGAGCUCAAACCCAUCUAUCUGGAAUAACUUCUAUCAGUUCUAUCUCCUGGCAGUCCUCAGCAAAACAAGGAGAAAACAAACUGAACCAAGAGAUAUCAUCAAAAACCAAUCACGAACUUGGGUCCCUUCCUGUUGCCAGUGGCAACUGCCCAUUGAAUUAUCAGAAAAAUUCUCAAGAGUCCACAAGAAUCCAUAAAAGGCAUCUGAAGUAGGCCAUAUGAAAGGACAUGAGGUCAGAGUAAGCCAAUCUUAUUGUGACAAGUAAAUUGUCAGAUAUUAUGCUAUACACUUCCAGAUCAUUAAACAUCUGCUUCAAGGCAAGUUACAGUCUCCAUGGAACUGGAGGGAACAAGAAUGGGGAAAACUGGUCUUGUACAAAGCCAAAUGCUCCUGGCAAGGAUGAGCAAUCUAUUCAGAUCCCAGAUUUUCAGUGUGAAUGGAUAUUUCCCCACUUCACAGCCCAAACAUCUGGAGAUGGAAACCUAAGGCAGCUUCUAUGGCUCUGUUUCAUCUUCAUUGCAGGAAAGAAAAAAGUUAUGCAGUUCUACUUGUUUCUCUGGGAGGUGCUAUAUCUCCAUGUGAGAUGUACAUUGAAGCUUUGGGACAAAAUGAGGUGCUUGCGCAAACGAUCCGCUGUAUCCUUUCUAGGAGUCCUUGUCAUUUGCUUGUUGUUCUUGAACUUAUACAUUGAAGAUAGCUAUGUCUUGAAUGGAGAUAAGCAGUUAAUCAGAGAUACGGCAACGCAUCAAUUAAAUUCAGAGCGGUAUGUUCACAGUUUUAAAGAUCUGUCCAACUUCUCAGGAUCAAUAAAUGUUUCCUAUCGCUAUCUGGCUGGUACACCUUUACUAAGAAAAAGAUAUCUUACCAUUGGAUUAUCUUCAGUCAAACGGAAAAAAGGGAAUUAUUUGCUGGAGACAAUCAAGUCCAUAUUUGAGCAGUCAAGUUAUGAAGAACUGAAAGAAAUUGCUGUGGUAGUACAUCUGGCAGAAUUUGACUCCACCUGGUGUGAUAACAUGGUUCAAGAUAUUUCACAGAAAUUUGCCCAUCAUGUAAUUGCUGGCAGAUUAAUGGUAAUCCACACACCAGAAGAAUAUUAUCCAGCUUUGGAUGGGCUUAAGAGAAAUUACAAUGAUCCAGAAGACCGGGUGAAAUUUCGUUCCAAGCAAAAUGUUGACUAUGCAUUCUUGCUUAACUUUUGUGCUAACCUUUCUGAUUAUUAUGUAAUGUUAGAAGAUGAUGUUCGAUGUGCAAAAAACUUUUUGACUGUUAUUAAAAAAGUCAUAACUUCACGAGAGGGAACCUACUGGGUAACUUUAGAAUUUUCCAAGUUGGGUUACAUUGGGAAAUUGUAUCAUUCCCAUGAUCUCGCUCGCCUGGCUCAUUUUUUAUUGAUGUUCUACCAGGAAAUGCCUUGUGAUUGGUUGCUGAUACAUUUCCGUGGGCUGUUGGCUCAAAAGGAUGUCAUACGUUUCAAACCAUCCCUUUUUCAGCACAUGGGAUAUUACUCAUCUUACAAAGGAGCUGAAAAUAAAUUAAAAGAUGAUGACUUUGAAGAGGAUUCAUUUGACCUUCCAGAUAACCCUCCUGCCAACUUGCAUACCAAUAUGAAUGUAUUUGAGAAUUAUGAGGCGAGCAAGGCAUAUAGUAGUGUGGAUGAAUACUUCUGGGCGAAAGCACCCUCAACUGGAGAUUUUUAUGUCGUUGUCUUUGAUAGGCCUCUUAAAAUUAACAGAAUCAAAGUUGUCACUGGUACUGAAGACCGACAAAAUGAUGUUCUGCAUCAUGGUGCUCUGGAAGUUGGGGAAAAAACUGUUGGGGGCAAAAAGGAAAGGCAAUGUACUACUUUCCUGAGACUAGGAGAAUUUAAAAAUGGAAAUUUGGAAAUCAUAGGUGUGGAGCACAAAGUUAUUUUUGAUAUUAACUGCAUGAGAAUACUUGUUACCAAAAGCCAAAAGGAAUGGUUGAUCAUUAGAAGCAUUAGCAUAUGGAUUUCACAGCUACCAAGUCAAUAGGAAAAUCAACAGCAACAGAAUAUACCAUUGCCAAAAUCCAAUGAAAUAGUGCCAUGAAAUGACUUUUUUUCCCAAUCUUUUUGCUACAGAUACUGGCAAUCUGGAAAUCACAAAACAAAUAAAAGCAAUCUAGUUUUUACUAGUUCAGUGAGGCAAUAUUCAAAGUAUUUGUUGGAAUGUCUGAAUUUUAUAGAAAGUGUAAACAAGUUUUGUCCAUCACUCAAACACAGAUCCACUUCUUUGUUGUUUCUUCUCUUUUCCCCUUUGGGAAGGACUGGUUGUGUUUUUGACAUUGUACAAUUUAAGGAUUUUGUGGGCUUAUGUCCAUAGAUUGUCAAAGGAAUUUAACUCCCUCAUGUUCAUGUGUGAAUUAAAAAUGUGGUGGUUUGUAUCUGUACAGUGGUUGGUGGCUUGUUUUGAGAUAAUUUUGAUAAAGAAGUCCUGUUAAUACAGCUGAUGUUCUCUACUGUGAGCAUUAUAAAAAAAGAUAUGUUGAAAUUACAUUUGAAAUUACACAAUUGGUUAUAAAUCUGUACUUAUCCUGUAAACUGCAGUAAGUAUUCUUGAAUUCUCUACAAACAUUACAUAUUCUAGCACAAUUUAUUAUCUUGAAUUGAUGGGGUAACUGAAUUUCAUCUAUCUUUAAUUUCCACUUUUCAUUGUUCAAAAUAGAUCUAUACCUUUAUGUGAAAUAUUAUUCAAGGUUUUAUGCAAAACUAUGAUUUUUACACUUGUGUAGAAUGCAAAUGAUUUUAGUAAGCUGAACCUAGACAUGCAAGAAUAUUAAGAAUUAUGUAUUAUGUGAGAUCACAAUGAAUUCUACAAAUGAUUUGUUAUGCACACAUAUUCCCAGGAAUAUUUAGAGCUGUAAUACAAAUAUGGAACCUCUCUUUCAAUAUAAGAAAUAUAACAAAAUACUCAAUGAUAAGGUAUGUGAAUAUAAAAACCUGCCUUAUAUUGACUAACAUUCCACAUUUUUAUUUUUUAGUUAUAAUAUUUCUAUCACCACUUUUCUAUAACCUCAGAACUUAAGAUUCCCAGUUCUAUUCCAGCCUUGACCAGGCACAAACUUGCUGUCUAUGUGGUAUGCCUUGAAGCCAUGCUCCAGGUUUUAUUGCCAAUGAUUUAGGCCAAGGUUGUCACCAGCCAUUCCAGUCAAACUGCUUUGAAACUGGAAAUAUUAUAGAAUAAUGUUAGAAAACGUGUUUUUUCCCCACAAAAUAUGCUAUGGUGCUGAACUAUAACAUCUCUCUACAGAAUUUCCUACCAAGGAGUCCCAGCACACCAACUGACAGUCUCACGCAUUGGGAGUGGGAUUUGAUCAAAUAAGCACCCUGCUUACAAUGGAUUGGGAGUGGGAUUUGAUCAAAUAAGCACCCUGCUUACAAUGGAUUCCUGCCGAUUUUUGCAUUGUCACAAAUACACAAUAGUGCUAUUGCAUAGCUUCAUUCCAUUUCAGUAUGUCUUAAUAAUAUUUUGUGCCCUUUACCUUUUUUGCAAACUAUAAAUAGGGAAGUGUAUGGGUGACUGCAUUUUUCAUUAUAGUAUGUUAUGAAAAAUAUUUUUCAUGAUCCACUCCAUGUCUUCUUUUCUAUAGAAUUUUUAGCAUUGCUCAACCUCCACAAGACAUGGAUUAUUUGUAUCUUGAGAAUUCCCCUUUUCCCUCCCAUGUUUAAUUCAUGGAAUAUAUAAUUUACUUUGCAUCUGUGACCAUAAUCCUUUGUACGUAGUGACCAUCUGUAUAUCCUUUUCUGCUACAAGGAAACUUGUGAUUCUUUGAUCAGACAUUCAUGAUGUGCCUUAAGGCUAUUUGUUUUUCCUUAUAGUGACUGACAUUCUUUAUUUCAUGUAAUUAUAUUUCCCUGUUUGUCUGAUGCUCUUAAUUUUUUUGACUUCUGUUUAUUUCUGUGAUUUUUCAUGACACAUAUUUCAUAGCUCUAUACAUACAUUCCCAUUGCACAGGAAAAAAAAUGCUAUGGCUAUUAGAUCGAAAAAUUCCAAUUUUUGCUAUGAAUGAAUUCCCAUAAAGUUUUAAAUAAGAAAAAAAUAGGAGUAUCUUGAUUUUAUUCUAUGGAAUUGCUAGAGUAAUUCAUAAACCUCUCCCCAAAUCUUUCUGAGUUGUUUUUCAUAUAUAAGCUUAACAUCUUUCCUUAAACCUCCCACUCCCAAAACACAUACACAAACUGUAGUGAUAUUUCAUACUACUAAGCUAGAAGUAGUUGUCAUUGUGCACAGACUGUGAAAUUGGCAUUUCUGAAGCCUUAAGUUGGAGGUGAUGUUCAUUGUGAUAACUGAUGUCAGUUGUGACAGCAGCAGUGAUAAAUUACUAUGGAAACAACAAUAAAGAAUUUCCAUUCUCAUAUUGAUCUAACUGACAAAAUGGAAAGUAGUCUCCAUUUGAAAUUUAAGUUUUUUUUAGUUUAUACUACUCUACAAAGAGAAAAAAAAUGUUUAGCAUUUCUACAAGUGAAGCUAUCUGCCCAGGUAUACAUACAGUAGUGGCCAAAAUUGUGGAAACCUUUUGGGAAAAGUGUAUUUUUGA